UCCCCUUAACCCUUGAGGGGCUCCGGACCUCCAGCGAGCACUUUACCCUGCAUCAGGACCAGCAGUGAACGAGAACAGAACUUCAGUCAGAACCUCGUCAGAACCUCAGUCCAUCCCCCCUCCCACCGCUGAGGGGGGGGGAAGAUGGCAGCGCUCGCCAGCUCUCUGAUCAGACAAAAACGGGCGGUGAAGGACGACCAGGCCAACCGACCAAUCGCCAACAAGCGCAGGCCGUGUCCCAAGAGCAACAAGUCGCUGUGCCAGAAACAAAUCCUCGUCCUCAUCUCUAAAGUACGACUAUGUGGAGGACGACGAGGGAGAACCGACAUAAGACCAGAGCCUCAGCUAAAAGGGAUCGUCACACGCCUGUACAGUCAGCAUGGCUUUUACCUCCAGAUGCAACCAGAUGGAACCAUGGACGGCACAAGGGACGAGAGCAGCUCCUUCUCUCAGUUCAACUUGAUUCCUGUGGGUCUGAGGAUUGUGGCCAUUCAGGGGGCGAAGACGGGGCUGUACAUGGGCAUGAACAGCGAGGGCUACCUCUACACCUCUGAACACUUUAACCCAGAGUGUAAGUUUAAAGAGAGCGUGUUCGAGAACUACUAUGUGACGUACUCGUCCAUGCUGUACCGUCAGAGCCAGUCGGGUCGCUCGUGGUACAUCGGCAUCAACCGCGACGGCCAGGUCAUGAAGGGCAACCGGGUGAAGAAGACCAAAGGCGCCGCCCACUUUCUCCCCAAGGUCAUCGAAGUUGCCAUGUAUAAGGAACCUUCGUUGCACGAGCUGGAGUCGGAGCAGAGCCCGCCUCGGAAGACGGCCAAGACGUCAGACUCGCCCCAGAAUGAACGCAACGUUGCGCAAAGGUCCGACGCUUCCUUAUAA